GGCGAGGCUGCGAGGCAGUUGGAACUUGGAAGGCUCUUGAAGCACAGGGCAGGCGCGCAGGGCAGGUUUUAGAGCGAGCCAAACGCCUGUACUUCCGUACAGUAGCAAGCGAAGCGCUAGCCAAAUCAGGCAUGACGUGCAGGCGACCUCGACUCUGGACAGCUUUCUUUUUACGUUCGUGCUCAAUUUCUGGAAUUUAACUCCAAAAGAACGCAGACAAGCUCUCUAACAUCAACUUUUGGUCGCAUUAAUUCCAGACCUCGACUCAGUAUUACAACCUCAAACUCUUCAUUCUCUGAUAUACCCCGAAUCCGACACAAUGGCCAUCAGUCCCCAAAUCACCAACUUGGUGAUCAUCCUGGUGAUGAUGCAAGUCUCUAAGAAGAUCCCUAUGGAUGACCCCAGCGUUCUCAACAUGAUCCGCGCCGGCUAUAUCCUAUCGAAUGUUAUUAUCACCUCCGUCUAUGCUUACGUGCAUCUUCAGAUCAACAAGAAGAAGGAUAUGACCACCCUCAAGUAUGUCGAGCAACCGCAAAUGGGAUCCACCGAGGAGCCAAAGCUCAUCACCACCACCGUCCACGCAUAUGAUGUCUCCCAAAUGAAGGCACUCUACAAGGCACAACUUAUGGGCGUUGGAAUGAUGGGCGUCAUGCAUCUUUACUUCAAGUACACCAACCCACUCGUUAUUCAAUCCAUCAUUCCCCUAAAGGGCGCAUUCGAGGGCAACAUGAUCAAGAUCCACUUGUUCGGACAGCCAGCGACUGGAGAGCUGAAGCGACCUUUCAAGGCCCCAGCUGGAUUGAUGAGCGGUCUCCAGGGGGGAGCUGCCCAGGCACAGGACAAGAAGUCGAUUGCCGCCGCAGAGAAGGCCGGCCGUGGUGGUGUCAAGGACGAGUAGAUGGAUAUCUCUCGGUACGUUCUGCAUUACUAGGUAGACGCUUUUUGUAUGCAUAGGGUUGGGUCGGUAACAGGACUUUGGUCUAGGGUUGAUAGCAGGGGAUAGAUUGGGCUGUCGUAGAGAGAACCACAAACGUGUACUUCCACUGUACACUUCUAGCGAGUAUCCAAACCUUCAAUAAUCACUUAAAAGGCAACGAACACGUACGAGAUUGUGUAUAAGCAAAUUGUCGCCUGUUAUAAUUAGGCCGUCAGUGCAGCAUGAUACAAGAAGGU